AUUUCUAAAAAGAAAAGAAAAGAAAGAAAGAAAAAAAAGAACCUACAUGCAGCAAAAACAUUUAAUUGUUCUUUCUGCUAUAUUCAUGAUCUCGUAGCAUACGAUAAUUACAUGGCAAUGGCAGCAGUUCACCAUCCAUUGAUUUAUCAACCAAUGUUAGAAAUAAAAGGUUAACAACAGAAAGUAAUCCUGUUAGGUCAGAUCAGGUUAUAGGUUUUAACGUGAACAAUCAAACCAAGCUGUUGUAGCGCACCGAUAUCAUAGGCGCAGGUGUCGACAUUUUCCGGCUGCUCCGUCCAGGACAGAAAAAAAGGUUUGGAUUGGGUGGGAGAAGGGGUCGCCCGCUCUGGGCGAGAGUUUGUUUUGGUGCUAUUGAAUUUGCAAAUGUCCCGUAGGAUUAAGGCCAGUUAGAAAAUGUUGCGUACUUUCUUGAAUGUAAUUUCCAAGUAUUUCAAAAUGUUUUAUGGCCAACAUGUAGAUGCCAUUUUGAUGAUAUGACGCAUCAGUGACAAAAAUGAAACGGGAUGCAAUACCUUUUGCUGGAAACGUUUGAGGACUACAUCUGUAUCUUAACAGGGUGAUUGGUGAUGAUACAAUUGUUAUGAACGUAAUGUGUUUCGUUUUUCAUAAAUAUGUUCAUUAUUAAAGGAAUUGAUCAUAGUUCUGAGGUACACGUAACUUUGGUCAAUACCUUUAACUCCUGUUGUUUGCUAGAAUUUCAUUAUCUUAAAAAAUAAUAACAAAAAUAAAAUCUGCAAAAUACAGUAGUCGAAAAUAGUUGUUUUAAAAUAUAAUUUUUUAAGUUCCAGAUGCCAGGAAAACGCGUUUUAAGCUUUCAGAGAUUUCAAAAUUUCCGGGGAGGCAUGCCCCUGGAACCCCAUACAAAGUUUUUUUUCAGUCAACUUCAUAUCCAAAAGGCCCCGACAAAUACCUAGUCGAACCCUCCCACUCGAAAUACUGGCUAUGGGCCUGAGUAGCCUAAAUCCCACAGCAUGAAAAAGGGUGUUCCCCGUGGGACGAACUUAGUCGUUCAAUAUUCUUAUGAUCAUUAGCUUUAUUAUUGCUGGGUUACCAGAUUAUGUUUAUGUAUGUAUAAUUAUAUGUACUAGUAUACAUCAAAUGUAAGCACGGUAAUAAAGCAUUUUGUAUUGUAUUGCAGACUGGCUUUUACCCGAAUUAAACAAAAAUGCCCGAAUCUGGAUAACACAUUUAAUUAUUCCUAUUAGCAUUACUACCAAAUAGCUAUAAUAAGCUUAUUCAUAGAGUAGCCUAAGAUGUGUUUGCACGUGCAGGCCGAAAACAGUUCUGCGUGGCCAAAUAUGAUUUUAUCAGAGGCGGAUCUAGGAGGGGACCCAGGGUCCCGCUCCCCCUAAAUUUUGUAAUACAGUUAUAAUUUUAUUAUAUAUUUUCAUUUUUGUUUUACGAUCCCCCUCCAAACCUCCCCCAAAGUUCCCUUGGCAUUCCACCUCAUGUCACUGCAACCCCCCCCACCCCCCCAAAAAAAAGGAUUUUCUGUAUCAGCCACUGUUUAUGUUUCUUUGUUCAUCUAGUUUCCAAAAGUUAACAAUAAAACGUUAUAUCUUUUAACUGACAUUGUGUUAUCUUGAAUUUGUAUUUUAAAAAGUGAUGCUUUCUGUAGAAUGACCCAUAUAUAUGUUUGCAAACGAAUCACUAAGCAUUUACCUCUUAUAACCUUAGUCUUUAACCUUAGUUUUUAAUGUGUUUAUAUCAUUUUAAAAAAGAAACUAUUGUUGUAAAUGUGUUUUAUUAUUAAUUAUUGUGUGUUGUAUGUUUUUAAAUAUAAUUUGAAGCUCGGGCUAUAUAUAAUAUGUCUUUUAACCUAGGGGUUUAUUUUCUCUUUUUCUUUGUCUUUUUAAUAUAUUUUAAUAAUAAAUUGUGUAUGGAGGUGGAUGUUUUUAAUUAAAUACAUGUCCUCGAGUGUUUUUAUAUCAAGUCCAAACCGUGGUUGGGGUGGGGUAGGUCUGGGGCGUCUCGUCUCCUUUUUGGAGUCGGUUUGGUGUCGGGUUCUUCUUUUGGGGCGGGUUCUUCCCUUUGGUCUUGGCAAGAAGGCAUAUUUCUGGAUGAGUCUAGGGUAUAUUACAAACAUUUUAUAUUAAUCUUUUUGGGCACCCAGAAUUGCCCUCUUUAAUCUUUUUCAAUCUUAAUCUUUUUAAGGGCAUAUAAAUUGCGUAAUUUUUCAUUGUUUCAUUUACCUGUUUGGAAAUGCCCAGUCAAAAACAAGCGUCACACUAAAGUAAUUCAAAUUAUUUUGUAUUUAAAUACCAUAGGUUAUUUCAACGACGCAUCAAAAUCCCCCCAAUGCCAUAUUAUAAAUAUUCAAAAUUGCCCCAUUAAUAAGUAAAUUAUCUGUCCCACACUCGACCACUGGCCAUGCCAGAGAUUGGGUGUAGGAGAGACGUGCCUGAACCGUAACUGGAUAGAGGCACGUUAAUAGAGUUUACGCUACGCUACGCACUAAGCAUUUUUACAGGGAUUACAACUAAUUUUGUGGGUAGAAUGAUAGAUAUACAUGGUAAAAAAGUCUCAGGUUAGCAUAUUUCCCCCAAAUAUCUGUAUAAUGUUUGCCCGAAUUUGAGGUUUUGCUCCCUGUCUCGUACGCUUAUAUUGGUUCCUCAACUAAAUCCGCGCCUAAAUCAAACAGUAUAGAACUUUGUCAUCAAUGAAAAAUCGUUUAGUGUGAAGCAACCCCGAAUGAUUACGUGUCCCAAGAAUGUUAACCAAUGAUUUUCCCGAUUUCAUUAAGUGCGGAGUUGAUUAUACGAACACGUUUCAACAUCCGUUUUACUUUCUGACCACAUUUGACAUCGUUGGUUAUUUUCCUGAUUUUGUUUUUUUUAACGACAGGAGGUGGCAGCAUGAAGUGGUUGCUAUGUCUUGGACUGUUGUACGUAGUGUUUGUCAUUACCAGAACCAAACCCCUUACACAGAAGCAUGAGUUGGUGGAUGUGAAGGAAGGAGUCAAUGAAGAGGACUCAGAACAGAAUACCGGUUUAUUGUAUGACAGAUACUUAAAAGAGGUUGUAUCAGCACUAGAGACCGACCCAGAUUUCAAGAAAAAAUUGGAAGAGGCAAAUGUUUCAGAUAUAAAGAGUGGUGAAAUAGCCAAACAUUUAGAUCUGGUUAAUCACCAGGUGCGUACGAAGCUGGACGAAAUCAAGAGACGAGAAGUGGAGCGGCUCCUGGAACUUCGCCGUCUCCAGAUGAAACAGAUGCAGGGUACGGAAAUGUUGCAUUACAUUGCUUAUCACGCAGGUGUUGACAGAAUGCACAUACCAACCCAUCUUGAUAUCGGUAAUCCACACUCAUUUGAAAUGAAAGAUUUAGAACAACUAAUAAGAAAGACAACACAGGAUUUGGAGGAGCUUGAUAAAAUGAGAGAUGCGGAAUUUAAGCAAUAUGAAAUGGAGAAGGAGUUCGAGAAAAAACAACACUUGGCAUCGUUGACUGAGGAAGAAAGGAAGAAAGAAGAAGAACGACUUGAGGCCUUAAAAAAGAAGCACAAGGAACAUCCCAGACUGAAUCAUCCGGGCAGUAAGGAUCAGUUUGAAGAGGUUUGGCAUGAGCAGGACCGCAUUGACAAGGAUCAAGAGUUUGACCCUAAAUCAUUCUUCAUGAUGCAUGAUACUACAGGAGAUGGAGUGUGGGACAUAAACGAAGUGGAAGCUCUUCUCAAUAUUGAGCUGGGCAAGGUGUACGAUGAUCGGAACCCGUCUGAUGAGGACGAUCCCAACGAGCGGGAGCACGAGAGGAUGCGCAUGCGACAACACAUCAUGACGGAGAUGGACAAGAACCACGACGAGAUGAUAACCAGGGACGAAUUCCUCAACUACACCGGAAUACACGGCGAAAAGGAGGAAUUUAAAAAAGACGAAGGCUGGAAGUUACAGGAGGAAGGAGACGACGACAUGUUUACGGACGAAGAAUACGAAAAGUUUCUUAAACAAUAUCAUGCACAGGAAGCUCAGCCCGGAGUUGUCCAGCCACCUCAUGACCCAAAUGUUAUGAACAUGCACCAAGGAUCCAUGGGACUUCCUAUCGGUGUUGACCCCAACCUUCACUUCCAACCUCAAGGUCAGCAUCCACAAGGCAUGGAGCAGCCACAUGGUCAGCCUCAACAGCAGGCACAGUUUGGCCAACCUCUUCAUCAGCAACAGCAGCAGCAACAGCAGUUAAAUGAACACCAGCAGAUGGCACAACAGCAUGUACAGAUGGCGGAAAAUUUAGCACAGCAUGCUGCUCAAGCAGCCCAACACUUCGGUCAGGCUGGCCAACCAGUUCCGACUGGUCAACCGGUUCACCCUGGUCAGCCAGUUCAAGCUGGUCAGCCGGUUCAGUCUGGUCAACCGGUUCAGACUGGUCAACCAGUUCAGGCUGGUCAGCCAGUCCCAACUGGUCAACAGCCACCACAGGGAGUUCCAGUUCACCACCCACAGGAAAUACAUAAUCAACAACAACAACAACAGAUACAUGAGCAACAGCAACAACAGAUACAUGAGCAACAGCAACUACAUCACCAACAACAGCAAAUACUCCAGCAGCAACAACAACUACACCAGCAACAACAGCAGCAUCACGCUCAACAGCAGCAGGCUCCAGGGCAUGUAUAGUGAUCUGAUGUGAUACCAGAGUUAUCUUCCCUGAUAUAAUACAAGAGUUAUCCUCCACAUAAACCAACUCUGCAGAUUGAAUAUUGGGGAUCCAAGAGCCAGA